AUGCUGAUCCCUUCGUCGCCGACUCCGAGCGUCCAUGGCGAGUCUGAAGUUAAACUCGGUGUGGAUGUGCCGUUGACCGAGACAGCAACGCAGCCGGAGCCACAGCAAGCCCGCACCCGCAGCGCGGGCAACGCCGUCGUCAUCGAUCGAGAGGAAAUCAUCGCAAGCAUAAGAGCCUCCCUCGACGACAACGAAAAGCUCAAAGCGCGGAACGUCAUCCUACAAAACCAGCUCGGAGAGUAUUUCCGCCGGAAGCGCAGCGACGAGAACGCUCAAGCAGGCGGGACAUCCAGCACGGGCGACAACACACUGAGCAACACAGGCGGGGGCAAAGGCGGAGCGGAUAUCGGAAACCGGUACAACGCCGCCCUGACGACCUUGCAAACGCUUCACGCGAACCUGGCGACCCUGCGAGGGACACACGAUAAGCAGUCGGCGGAUUACCAUGAGAAGCUCACGCUUAAGCGUGCGGAGGCGGCGGCGAAAGAGGGGGAGUUUCGGGCUUAUAAGCGGAGUGUUGCGCUUGCUGCGGAGAACUCGCGCACGGGAAAGGGGAUCCAGGUUAAGGCUGUCGAGGCUUUGGAGGCUGGGGAGGAACGGAAGGAUGCGGAGGUCGUUGAGGUGCGGUUGGAAAAUAUCAAGUUGAGGAAUAGGCUGCGUAGAUCCGAGGCGCUGUUGAGACAAAAGGAAGAACUAGCGGAUGGCCUGCACUUGAUCGACUUCGAACAACUCAAAAUCGAAAACAGCACCUACACCUCCAAAAUCGAAUCCCGCAACGAAUCGCUCCUAACCCUACGCAAAAAAAUCACCACGAUCGUGCAAGUAUUGACCCACGUAAAAGAAAAGCUCUGGCACACCCAGCUUGUUGCACGGGAUCUCGAAGCCAAGCUUGCUGAGUUGGAUGAAGAUGUGCUAAGGCGCCGUGAUGCGCUGCCUGGUCGGAAAGCUGUGCGAGAUGCAUUGAGGAAGGAGAAUGCGGAGCUGAGGCGCCGGGCUGGGCUUUUGGGCGAGAAGGGACUGCUUAGGGACUUUGAGCAUAGAGUGGUACGUUCCGAAUUGUGGUCUGAUUGA